UCCUCCUAUCAUCGUCCUCCUAUCAUCGUCCUCCUAUCAUCGUCCUCCUAUCAUCGUCCUCCCAUCAUCGACACUCCCCAUUGUGCCAUUGUGCUAUCGCGACCGGCUUCCUUCAUCGACACACCCGAUUCGCGCUCCCGCCGUUAAGAUGGCCGCAGCUCCCCUGCUACAGCCGCGCCCACCCCGGCCGUCGCUGGAGCUGGCUCUCCGGGAAGACAUAUGCUUUCACCAUCCCGGGUACGACUCCUCCAACAUCCUCUUCACACUCCCACGCGUUGACGGCGUAUCCGGCGCCGGUCCUGCCCCUACAUAUGGUGUGCAUCAUAGGACGGCUCUCGUGGCUUGUCAGAUAGUCGCCGGUAACGCCUUCACUAAUACCUAUCUCGCCCUUGACAGGGCAGGGCGACAGCGGGUCGAGGUGCCGAUGGACGGCGUCUUGACGGAUAGUCAUUACUAUUUUAUCGUUGAUGGUUCCAAUUCAUAUCCUAUUGUGCCUAGUUUUCAAGACUGGGAGUUCCCACACGAUUACAUCCCUGAUUUCUGGCCUUCACCCGCUCCUCCCUCUGGCGCCUUUGACCCCGUUACCUGUGGUAUUACAAGUGUUACUUUUGCCAUUGACGAGGCCCACCUUGUACCACAGAGCGAAAGCGUCUGGUAUGGGGUCAACAAUAUGCAGAGAUAUGGGACGGGUUUUCCUAAUAUUGACAAUCAAGCGAAUAUCCUCCCUCUGAGAAAGGAUAUCCACCACUGUUUUGAUCGUCGAUGGUUCGUUAUUGUCCCCAAAAUUUAUAGGACCGAGACCGAGACUAGGACCGCGCCCUCCUCCCAGUACGUUACGCACAUUAUCUCGCGAGAGGCUAAGGAAUUAUGGCCAGUAUACCAUAACGUCAUUGUCGAGACCCAGCCUGACCAUUCUCGCGCUUAUCUUUUUGCCCAUUUCGCUUGGGCUAUCCUUUCCGGCGUCAAGUUCUUCGUCAUCCAGGGUGAUCCACGUCUUGUUAUUCGACUCCACAAAGACGAGAACGGCAAAAUUGAGUAUAAGGCAGAGAAUUGUACUGGGAAGGUGCUUCAAUCUCAGUACGGCGGUGGUGGAUCGCUAGUAGCAAGCCCAAGCAAGAGGAAAUCCGGCCAACGCAGUGUAGCAGACAACGAGGGGUAUUCUUCAGAAUUAUCCGAGGAUAGUGAUGAUGGUGCGGGAGACCCGGAUAGGGUCUGGGAUAUGGGGGAUAGGUGGGGAGGGGCUGAAAGACGGAGAGAACAGAGGUCGACGGAUGAAACCGCCCCUGAUCUAGAACCGGACGUCCAGAUGAAGCUUGAGGAAGCUUUACACAGAGUUAUGUCGGAGCAGCAGACGGCAGCAUCUAGAGAGGGCUCUUAG